AUGAAGCCUCCCUUUCCGUCGUUUACCAAGAUUUGGCGAAACGAUACCUAUCCAGCCCUGUCACCGGCGGGUCGAGCCACGGGCAAGACGGUUGUCAUCACUGGAGCUUCAGGUGGAAUUGGACGAGCAACGGCAGUGUCCUUUGCGAAAGCUGGUGCCGUAAAAAUAGCCCUCCUUGGACGCCGUCAGGAAGCUCUUGAGGAGACUCGAAGAUCCAUCGAAGCAGCCAACUCUCAUACGCAGACUAGUAUUCACGUUUGCGAAUCCACCGAUGCAGAGGGUCUCCAGCUAGCCGCAGAUGCAGUCGGACUGUGGGAUGUCCUCGUUCUCAAUGCAGGCAUCUCUCCAGGGAGAGCUCCCAUCCAAACCGCAGACCUCACCGUGUGGUGGUCGGCCUUCGAAACGAACGUCAAGGGCUCUUUCAUCACCGCGCAAGCCUUUCUACCGCAUGUGAAUCCCCAGGGCUCCCCAACCAUCAUCUCUGUCAAUGCUGCCUUGCCGUUCACAUUGACAUUCCCCGGCUGGGUGGCCAAAAGUGCCUACAACGGCUCCAAAAUCGCCCUCGCUCAGAUCAUGCAGCAUCUUGCUCAGGAAAAUCCCUCGAUCAGCGUCGUCAGCGUUCAUCCUGGGAUUAUCGACACGGAUAUGUUGACUGCUACCGACGAGCAGAAGGCAUAUAUGCGGAGCGUUGGCCUCCUCGACACGCACGAUCUGCCUGCGGACUUCUUCGUUUGGCUGAGCACGCCUGAGGCGGGAAAGGCGUGCACGGGGAAGUAUUUGUUUGCGAACUGGGACGUGGAGGAGCUGAUGGAGAAGCUGAGAGCGGAGGAGGAGGGCAGUGAGGUCUUGACAGUCAAGUUGCAAGGCUGGCCAUUCGAGGGAUGA